GAUGCAGAAUUGUCUUAUGUGAGGAAUGAUGUGGUUAAUCACUAUGCGUUGUCCUUCAAUCUCUUAAUACCCAGUGAGACCAACAACCUUCACUUCAGCUGGCAUGCUAAAUCCAAGGUUGAGUAUAAACUGGGAUUUCAGGUAGAUAAUCCCAUGGCUAUGGCUAUGCCUCAGGCCAACAUUUCUCUACAAGGAGAAGUUCCUCGCACCCUUUCAGUGUUUCGUGUGGAACUCUCCUGCACCGGCAGACUCGACUCCGAGGUCACAAUAUUAAUGCAGCUCAACUUGACAAUAAAUUCAUCAAAAAACAUCACAGUUUUAAAUUUCAAACGAAGGAAAAUGUGCUACAGAAAGCUUGAACCAGAAGUAAAAUCUCCAGCAUCUGAUAAAAACAGCAGCAAGGCUAUCUUUGAUCCUGUAAACACAGCUCCCACCACUUCUACCCGCGUGUUUUAUAUCAGUGUAGGCGUGUGCUGUGCUGUUAUAUUCCUGGUGGCAAUAAUAUUAGCUGUCCUGCAUCUUCACAGCAUGAAAAGGAUAGAGUUGGAUGACAGCAUUAGUGACAGCAGUAGCUCACAAGGUUUAUCCCAACCUUCCACACAGACGACACAGUACUUGCGAGCUGACACGCCAAACAACGCAACGCCAGUUACCAGCUCCUCAGGUUAUCCCACGUUACGGAUAGAGAAGAAUGAUCUUAAAAGUGUCACUCUAAUGGAAGCAAAAGCUAAAGUGAAGGACAUAGCCAUCUCCAGGGAGAGGAUAACUCUAAAAGACGUGCUUCAAGAAGGCACAUUUGGGCGCAUUUUCCAUGGGAUUCUAAUAGAAGAAAAAGACCCCAGUAAGGAGAAACAAGUUUUUGUCAAAACUGUUAAAGACCAAGCCUCAGAGGUGCAGGUGACGAUGAUGCUGACGGAAAGCUGUAAACUCAGAGGACUUCAUCACAGGAAUCUGCUACCUAUCACUCAUGUCUGUAUAGAAGAGGGAGAGAAACCAAUGGUGCUGCUGCCAUACAUGAACUGGGGGAACCUUAAACUGUUCUUGCGACAGUGCAAGCUGGUGGAGGCCAACAAUCCUCAGGCAAUUUCCCAGCAGGAUCUUGUACAUAUGGCUAUUCAGAUUGCCUGUGGAAUGAGUUAUUUGGCCAGACGGGAGGUCAUUCACAAAGACCUGGCUGCUAGAAACUGUGUCAUUGACGAUGCACUUCAGGUUAAGAUUACAGACAACGCCCUAUCUCGAGACCUAUUUCCUAUGGACUACCAUUGCCUGGGAGAUAACGAAAACAGACCCGUUCGAUGGAUGGCUCUUGAAAGCCUGGUUAACAAUGAAUUUUCCAGUGCAAGUGAUGUGUGGGCCUUUGGAGUAACGCUGUGGGAGUUGAUGACUUUAGGACAGACUCCAUAUGUUGAUAUCGACCCCUUUGAGAUGGCUGCUUAUUUAAAGGAUGGCUAUCGAAUAGCUCAGCCAAUCAACUGCCCUGAUGAACUGUUUGCUGUGAUGGCCUGCUGUUGGGCCCUAGAUCCUGAAGAAAGACCCAAGUUUCAGCAGCUGGUGCAAUGUCUAACUGAAUUCCAUGCAGCAUUGGGAGCCUACGUCUGAAACUGCAGAAGAAGAUUGAAUUCACUGAUUGGGAGAAGGCAUGGCAUACAUCUGCAGCUCCGUGCGUCGCUUGGACUCACACACGUGAUGUGUAUAAAGCAACACCAAAGGGAGAAAGCACUUCUUCCAAAACACUGUGCCUUAGAAUGCUUUAGUAGUCUGAAGUUUUUUUGUAAGACCUCUUGAUGUUGAAUAUUUUCUAGAUAUCACUUUUGCUAAGUUAAAUCAAGACCUUUUUAUUUGCCAUCAGGAUUUUUAAAGUGUAGCGAUAGUGAACUUAAACACGAGAUUUGGAUGGACUUUGCACUCUUACAAACAGACACGUGAUUAUUUUUUUUUUUUGAAGGGUAUACGGAACUGGUAGAAAAGUGAGGGUAGGGGAAAUUAAUGCAUAAGCCACACUGCAGAAGAUUUCCCCUGCUUUUUUAAAAACGUUGAAACUGAAUCUUUCUGACCAGCUCUAGUGUUUGUACUUGUAUGUAUCUGGAAUAGCUUUUUAGUAUCAACUUCUAUUUUGAGACAACAGCACAUUGUGGUUGGAUCCACAAGCGGCAUCUUAACUUUUUUUAACCCAUUCACGAAUGUUUUUUUGGAAAAGCUGGUCUUCAGGAGACAAUAUCCCCUUUUUAAAGCAGUAAGUGAUUAUGUAAAAGUGAUUCCAGUUUACCUCAUACAGAGAGGAGUAAAGGUGGGGUAAAAAUGGUGCCCCUCCUUGCAGAUAAAGGCUGAUGUGAUUUUCUUAAGAUGGUUUUAUGUGCUAAAUAGAGGCCUUCAGAGAAGCGCCAAAGCAGCCCUUAUGUGGGAGUCUUUCACCUCAGAAUUCUGGAUCGCAGUUUCUCUUGUUCAAAAAGGUACUGGUUGUUUUUUAUGGGCUUUUAUGGCCUGA